AUGGCCACAUCAAUCUCAAACAUACUAUUUGCCUUACCCAUAACCCAACGAAAAUCUACCUCAAGAUUCAAUCACUCCAAAUUGCAAUUGCAAGCAACACCGUUAUCUCCAACAACAACAACAACAACAUGCAACGCCUCCCAAACCCAAAACAACUCUUCCUUGUCCUCCACAAUCACACGCCUCGAACAACAAGAAGUUACAAAACAAAAACCAAAUCAACCAACAGUCUCAGAUGUGUGGCGUAAGAUCCCCGGCGAAGACAAUUGGGCCGGGCUUCUUGACCCAAUGGACCCUCGAAUGCGUUCGGAGCUGAUCCGCUACGGCGACAUGACCCAAGCCUGUUACGACGCUUUCGAUUUCGACCCUUACUCCAAAUACUGCGGUAGCUGCAGGUUCCCAAUCGACAAAUUCUUCGAAUCCUUAAACCUAACCCACCUUGGCUACACCGUCACGCGCUACCUCUACUCGACCGCGAACGUGAACCUCCCAAACUUCUUCAAAAAAUCACGGUGGCCCCACAAGAUGUGGAGCAAGCACGCCAAUUGGGCAGGCUACGUGGCAGUCUCAGACGACGCAACCACAAAGCGCGUCGGCCGCAGGGACAUAACGGUUUCAUGGAGAGGAACCGUCACGCACGUGGAAUGGGUGGCCGACCUCAUGAAUUUCCUCAAACCCAUUUCACCCGACAUCCCCUGUCCCGACAAAGAAGUUAAGGUGGAAGCGGGUUUCUUGGACAUAUACACCGACAAGGUUAAGGACAAUAGUUGCGGUUACUGCAAAUACUCGGCGAGGGAACAGGUACUCGCGGAGGUGAAGCGGUUGGUUGAGAUGUACCCUAAUGAGGAACUCAGUGUCACCAUAACAGGGCACAGCUUGGGGAGUGCCAUGGCUAUUUUGAGCGCGUUUGAUAUAGUGGAAACUGGGUUGAACGUGACCAAGGAUGGACGUGGAGUGCAUGUUUCUGUGUUUUCAUUCUCGGGGCCGAGGGUUGGGAAUUUGAGGUUCAAGGAGAGGUUGGAAUCGAAGUUGGGGGUGAAGGUGUUGAGGGUUCAUAACGCUCAUGACAUGGUGGCGAAGUCGCCGGGGAUAUUUUUCAAUGAGAAUUCGCCGGCGUGGGUGCUGAAGCUGAUGGAGGGGUUACCGUGGUGUUAUAUGCAUGUUGGCGUAGAGUUGGAAUUGGACCAUAAAAAAUCGCCGUAUCUGAAUCCCAAUGGAGAUGGUGCAUGUGCCCAUAACUUGGAGGCUCACUUGCAUCUUCUUGACGGAUACCAUGGGAGGAAUCGUGAAUUUGAGGUAACGAGUGGGAGGGACAUUGCUCUGGUGAACAAGGACUGUGACUUUCUGAAAGAUGAGCACACGGUGCCACCACGGUGGAGGCAAGAUUUAAAUAAGGGCAUGAUCAUGACCGAAGAUGGACGGUGGGUGUUAGCUGAGCGCCCAAAACUUGUGGAUCACCCUGAAGAUAUUGAUCACCAUCUCAAGCAACUUGGCCUCGCUUCAUCAGAUAUAUAA